AUGUCUGAAGACUUUGAAGAUUUCGUAUCUACCCACGAGGCACUUAAAACUAUUUUCCCGCAAGCUUCCAACGAAGAAAUUACAAAAUACGAGAAGCAACUUAGUAGUGUGAAAAUUCUCGACCCAGUCCUUAUUAUUUCUCCAAAUCAAGCUUGGAUUAAUCAACACGAUUUGCCGGCUUAUUAUAGAGUCAUGGAUGCUUUUGCAACAAAUGGUCUUCAAAAUAGGCGCCGAGAUGAGAAUUCUCGUU